AUGAAGGAAUUUCAGAUUACUCUACACCUUCAUAAACAGUUCGCGGCUGUUGGAAAUGGUAACACUGUCGACAUAAUUCCCUACUACCUCGACGGUGGUAUCAGCACUUACGCCCCUUUCAUCGGUUACGGUAGUGAAAACAUUAUCGCUGCCAAACUCAUAAACUCCAAGGGUGAGCUAGUAGAAGUCUUAGAAAGACAAUAUCCGGAGCUUUUCUGGGGAGUCUGCGGUACUGGGCAAUUUUUUGGCCCAGUCACGGAGCUGACUAUCAAGACGAAGCCAUACUCCUUACUUGGAAACGAAGGCGGACAACUAGACGCCGGUCCAGCCCAGCAGAUAUUAUUUCCGUCUACUUUUGACAAGCACAGCGAUCAUCUAGAUUGGGUCUGCGCCGAAGGCAAUUUGAAAAGAUUCAGCCAAGUGGGCCUGGCUGGCUGGAGUACUGGGAACUUUAAACGCCUUGCAGAGCUUCAUUCCGAGCUGGUUGAGAAUUGCACAGACGCAGCACGCUCAGGGUACACAGUUGAAUGGCAUACUCCAUGCCGGGCUAAAAGAGAGCUUAGAUCUUCAUUCGGCAACGAGAAUGUAGAGUACUGGCUUAACAUUCUGAGCUGGUAUACAGAUGCCUCCAACCAUGAGUUCGUCGAUAUGAUGGAACAUAAGGCGCAAGCUGCCAUGCGUGAGGGUACUGGAGAGGAAGCAUCCAUCUCCUAUACCAAUACUACCCGUGAAGAUCCUAUAGAGUACCGCUACAAAGAUACCGACACAGUGGGUAGACUUCAAUCACUGAAGAAGCGCGUUGAUCCUACCGGUAUCUUCACAGGAGAGUUCUUAUAA